CAUUCGCAGCCGCAUUUUGGCAAGUUACAGGGUUUGCUUGCGGCUGGAUCAGUUGUAGCCUAGGACAUCGGAACGCAGCAUUUAUUGGGGGUACAGCAUUGGUCUGUGGUCAAAUGUGGUCAUAUUUUGCUAAUGAUAUUUAUCAGUAUUUUCUGAGUAUAGGAAUUUUAACUAGUUUUGGAAUUAGCAGCUGCUAUAAUGUUGGUAUGAGCGUUUUAGGUGUGCACUUCAAGAAAGAAUUCGAAUUAGUAAUCAGCCUCGCCUCUACAUUCGUUGGAAUUGCUUCCAUCGUCUUCCCGGUGUUAUUUGACUUGGUAAUUAUACAAUUUGGAUAUAGAGGUGCCUAUUUGAUAUUAGCUGGCGUAUGUCUACAUAUGUAUAUUGCUGCUAUACUCUUUCGCCCAACUGGUCAUCACCGAAGAAAACAUAUCGCAUUAAAACCUACACAAAUUAAAGACAUUGCUGAGGUGCCUGGAUUGCCUGCAUUCAUGGUGGUGUAUACGUUUUCAUAUAUACCCUACUUAACAUGGUUAACUUUUGUUGUGCCGUACGUCAUUGAGCUUGGGAUAGAUUCUAUUGCCGCAGCUACACUCAUUAGCGUAUACGGAUUCGGAAAUAUUGGAGGACGAUGUGUACAGCUAGUCGUUACUUACUUUGUAAAGAACAAAUCAAUGGCCCAAUUGUUGGCUGGUCUAUGUUUAGCUGCAACGAGUCUGGUCGUAUUCGCAUUUGUGCAAGAUUUCGGAUUGUUAGUAGGAUCGUCAUUUAUGUUCGGAUUUUCACUUGGAUUUGUAUUACCUGCAUUUGGUGUCGUUUUAUGGCAUCUUUCAAUCGGGAAAGAAUUUGAAGUAAUUCUUGGUGUCAAUACAACCUUCCUUGGACUACUCAAUCUGUGCUUUGGAGUAGUUAUUGGUGAACUUCGGGGUUUAUUUGGCUCUUACCAUUUGACGUUCAUCCUAAUUGCCCUGAUAUCACUACUGGCGGUAUUAAUAUUAGUUUGCACCAAACCUCUUCGACGUAUGUUACCGGGUUUCGACUUAUCAUACAAUGAGUUUCCACAGCAAGACGAGAGUUGUAAGGAUUAACUAAGAAACAAGAAACACCGUAUUCAAUUCCAUCGCUGGCUUGUAAAGUGAAGCACUUGACUGACAUACUGUACAUUUUACCCGUAUUUUUAUGUGAAGGCAUUUGUUUAGUUAGGCUAUAUUUUGUUUUCUUCGUCUUGUGCAAUCCCGUAUUAGUUUUAUUAUAUGAAUUAUUGUUAGACUUGAAUUCCAUAUUUUAUGCAAAUUGCAAUAAAUUAUUUUAUAUAUCAAACACAGUAUAAAUCAUGAUAUAAUAAACUCAAAACCGUCUUGUGGUAAUUCUAUAAGCAUAUAAAGUUUGAACGUUAAAGGAAAUGAAUCUGCGAGUGUCUUUAAACGUAAGUUACAGCUUUUAUAUUGCAUUCUUCAAAAACGAUUUGAAUAAAUGUUACUAAAUCUGAAUCUGAGUGUGAAGAAAAGCUGGCCCAACCAGGAUUCAUACCCAAGACCUUUAGUUUGCUGUCUAUGCGGACGCCCUCGCCAACUACCGGUAGUUCAUUGCGGCUUCGUAAUUCAUAUCCGAAGAUUUGCUGCAGGUUCGAAUCCCACUAGAGCAAGAACUAGAGACACUUGUUUUUAUACAACUAAAUAAAGGAACUUUUCGUUGAAGGGCUACCGUAUGCUUUUAUGCUAUUCGAACACUGUUAUUAGCACUCUUGCUCCAAACGGUAUUAAUACUUCAUUUAAAUCGUUCAAGAAUGAGUCUCUACAUAUUAUUUUUAUAUUUCCAUAUACUUUAUUAUCACUAAGUAUAUUUUUUACAGUUUUCAAAAUUAUGACAUAUUUUUAGGCUUAUUUAUUACAUGUAUUUUAUUAAUGUAUUAUUACUAUACCGUAAAACCCGGAAUUUAAGCUCUGGGCUUCUUUUGUUUUUUGCGAAUGGAUUUGCGUUUUUUCGAGGCUACUUUUGCAAUGUAAAGAGAGAGGCCUCUUUUAAAAAUAAAUGCUGUAAACUUUGAGAAUUACUACUAAAAAUCUAUAAAUAGGACCACUCUAACAUCAAUUUGUGUCAUGGAGUGUAUUAACCGGAAUUAAAUCACCUAAUACUGAUAUAAACCAAGCAUAUUUUAAUUUUUUUUUGUUUCAUUGAAAUUCAUGUAGGCCUACAGUGUAUGUAAUGUACUAUCUCGAAAAAGCCAAUGCUAUCUGAAAAAGAAGCCAAUGGGUAGUUUUUCUAGGUUACUUUUGCAAACUAAAGAGGGGGCUUAAAUUCGAGAUGGGCUUUUGCUUGAGAUUAUGGCCAUUGGCUAUUCGAUGUUUUACGGUAUUAUAAUAGGCCUAUAUUUUAUACCUAUUACUACAGUAUUAUUUCUUUACGAGUUCUUUGCCUUAGAUUUCACUAAUGACCACAAUAUUGUCUAUUUGGUUCAUAUUGCCUUUAGUGCAUAUAUAUUUUUAAUUUUUUAUAUAGGCCUAGUCAUUACUGGACAUCAUCUUGUUUAUUUAGCUAUAAUAUUUUUAGAGAUUCUCAUCCCUUAUGGGGUAUACCUGUUAUUAUAGGUUUGUCGUUUUGGUGUGUUGCAGGUA